GAAGCGGGGGCGCCUCGUGGUUCCGGCGCAGGCGCUCGGAGCUGCUGCGGCCCGUUCCCGUUCCUGUUCCCGUUCCCGUUCCCGCUUCAGCUCCUUCCCAGCCCGGCCCCGGCCCCGCCCAGUUCCCGCUCUCGGCCCAAUCUUGGUCCUGUUCUGGCUUCCUUCCCGGACGCAGCUCCGUUCCCAUUCCCCUUCUCGGCCCCCUUCUUAGUCCCGUUCCCGGCUCUAUUCCCGUUCCCAUUUCCGGCCCCAUUCCCGGUCCCGCUCGCAUUCCCGUUCCUGCCAUGGCGGUCCGCGCCAGCUUCGAGAACAACAACGAGCUGGGCUGCUUCGCCAAGCUCACCAACGCCUAUUGCCUCGUGGCCAUCGGCGGCUCCGAGAACUUCUACAGCGUGUUCGAGGGGGAGCUCUUCGGGACCAUCCCGGUGGUUCACGCCUCCAUCGCCGGCUGCCGCAUCAUCGGCAGGAUGUGUGUGGGGAACAGGCACGGGCUGCUGGUCCCGAGCAGCACGACAGACCAAGAGCUGCAGCACAUCCGGAACAGCCUCCCGGACUCCGUGCGCAUCCAGCGCGUGGAGGAGCGGCUGUCAGCCCUGGGCAACGUCACCACCUGCAACGACUACGUGGCUCUGGUCCACCCGGAUCUGGACAGGGAGACAGAAGAGAUCCUGGCAGAUGUGCUGAAGGUGGAGGUGUUCAGACAAACAGUAGCAGACCAGGUGCUGGUUGGAAGUUACUGUGUUUUUAGUAACCAAGGAGGAAUUGUGCACCCCAAGACUUCAAUCGAUGACCAGGAUGAGCUGUCUUCUUUGCUGCAGGUUCCACUUGUGGCGGGGACAGUGAACCGCGGCAGCGAGGUGAUCGCAGCGGGGAUGGUGGUCAACGACUGGUGCGCCUUCUGCGGGCUGGACACCACCAGCACCGAGCUCUCCGUCAUCGAGAGCAUCUUCAGGCUCAACGAGGCUCAGCCAAGCACCAUUGCCACCAACAUGAGGGAUUCCCUGAUUGACAGCCUGACAUGAGCAGUGUUGGUUCCUACCUCCCAGAAAGCUCCUAAGGAGUGAAGUGUUGAGCUGCACUUUGGAUCACAGACAUCCAGACCUUCUGAUGAUGUUUCCUGCAGGCCUGGCCCAAAAGAAAGGCUACAAAACCAAAUUUUUGUCAUCUUUUGUAAACUGUUACCACAAAAACUGACAAAUAACAUGCAUAAGAUACAAAUAAGGAAUGUUCUCUAUCCCUUUGCUCAGUUCUUUAGCUCUGCUUUCUGGUUCUGUGAUGCCAACUGAGCCCCUCAAAUUACCCCACAAUAUUUACUCUUGUGGCUCUUGGAUGUUGAUCACUAGAGAUUAUUUUGCCUUAAGUCUUGCACCAGUGUCCUGCUGCACAGAGUUUGUUUUUGGCACUACAUGUGCUGCCCCCUCUUUCCACACUCCUGCUUGAGUGGUGUUUCUGCUCUAGGUACAUGUAAGACCCCUUUGUAUGUCCAGUACCAAAAAUACAGUAAUUUACUUGCCACAAAACAAUUCAGAAAUCAUCACCUGCUCUUUUGCCCUGACUUGCAGCUGUUCCCAUGGGAUAGCGAUUCUGAAGUGAUCAGCUUGGAUACAAACUGGAGUUUUUCAGCGUCAAUCCAAGGGCUUUUAACAGUAACAGUGUGGGAGUCCUUGGAGCAGUGUGUGGUCUGGUGUCACCUGUGCUGCUUCUGAGGCACCUGCAGGAGAGGGCCCAAAAGGCACACUUGCCAGUGGGUUUAAUUUGUCCUGCAGGAGUUCACCUCCUACAAUGGGAAACUCUUAGAAAUCAGCAAAUCCCAAUAGAUUUGGACCACUUUAUCUGGAGUUACCUUGGAGACAAAGGUUAAAUAGCACCGUUCUGAGCAGUCAGCCAGUCAAAGGCUACAGAUUUGGGACCAAGCUUCCUCAUGAAGAGCUCUGCCUGUGCCAGAUGAAAGCAGCUGUAGGUGCUACUUUCAGGCAGAAGAUUGUAAUUUCUUUCUACACACCUGUUGCUCAGUGAUAUCUUAUUUCAGUUGCUUUCCUGCUUGCCCAUUAAGGGUGCACUGAAGGCAUAGAAGUGCCUCUAUUUCCCAUCCUGAGGGUAAGAGGAAGCUCUCACUUGUCUCUGCACAGCUGCCUUACUCUCAGCUGAGAUCUCUUGGGGAAUGAUGACCUGUGGGCUGUAUGGGCAGAGCUCUUUUCAGCCCAGGUGCUUUGGGCUUCGUAGAAAAUUGAAUAAAUUUCCAUUUCUGUUUUACUGUCUGGAUGUUCAAGAAAGGCUUUGUAAGAUUUGGCUGAUAAAAGGUUACUCCUUAAAUUUCAAAAUAAAGAUUGCCAUGAUCAUCUGCGAUCAGAUAUCAACACUUUAAUGCGCACCACCUGUCUUGGCCCUGACUCCAGGUCUCCUCUCAGCCUGCCUCAGUAUUUAGAGUGAGGAGCUGCUUCCCUUUGGCCACCUCACAGGGCUCAGCUCUUGGGUGGAACAAUGUGAUAUGUGUUUUAAAUGUGGGUCUGUGAGUAUCCUGAGCUAGUAAGAUGGACCUGUGUACAAGGAAAACAAACUAUAAUAAAGAAUGGGUUUGGAAACAU